UGCUAGGGCGGUUUUAGCGUCGGUUGUGAAAGGCCCACUCCAGUCGAGUUAAUCUUAUCCAUCUAGCUACAAAGACCUCUAUCUCGCGGGCGCAUCCAAUCAGAAUGCGUUCGCACGGGGACUGGGUUUCAUUAGAAGGCAUAGCUACUAGCUUGCUCGACGGCAGCCCUAUCGCGAUUGCUAUUACGGUCUUCAUCGCGUUCGGACUGCCCGUCCUAUUGCAUCUUCUCUUUUACCGAACGGUUGCAUCUCCGCCGUCUAGCAAUUUCUUGCUCUUGGGCCCUAAUGGAGCUGGGAAGACCGCUCUCUUGACUCUGCUCGAAGCAAAGUCGUCUCCUGCUCGUACAGAUAUUCGAGUCACUCAUACGUCCCAAACAUCUACUGCAGCUACCAUCAGCCUUCCCGCCUCGGUGCCGACCGCAUCAAAUCGCUACAGAUCGGUGAAUGAUACUUCGUUGAAGGAUAUUGCCAAGAACCCGGUCAAAUAUCGGUUGAUGGACACUCCUGGCCAUGGAAAACUCCGUGAAUCCCAAGCUAUCUCGCAGUUGCUCUCCAUGUCGGCCUCAAAGGAUGCCAAGUCGAAGUUGCGUGGUGUCUUGUACAUGGUGGACACUGCAGUACUUGCCAAUCCCGAAACCCUACGGGAUACAGCCAAUUACUUGUACGAUGUGCUCUUGAUCCUUCAGAGACGUGCUUUGAGUAGGGGAAAGAAAGCAGCAUCUGAAGUUCCUGUGCUUGUGGCUGCCAACAAACAAGACCUCUUCACCGCCCUACCGCCUGGAUCCGUGCGGGAGAAAUUGGAGGAUGAGAUUAGUAAACUCCGGAACUCUCGCAGCAAAAAUCUUCUGGAUGCUAGUGUUGACGCUGGCAUUGCCGAUGACGAAGACGAUAUUCUAGGCAGCAGCAACCCCCAUGAUAGAUUCUCGUUCCAGUUUUUGAAAGACGAAGUUGGUAUAGUAGUAGACAUUGUCGGAGGAGCAGUCAUGGGCGAUGAAGAGAGCAAUCUUGGAUCUGGUGUGCGCAAAUGGGAGGAAUGGAUAGGUCAAUGCCUGUAAGGUAUACGCUCAUGGCUGACGGAGUGCGAGGUCUAUCAUUGCCGGCGAGAUCUCGUCAACCCCAGAAGUCACAUGAGCCAAUGGGCAUACUUGCCAAUAUACUGGGCAAAGAGAUGGGAAGAACAGAGCAAUGAAGGAACUACCUCAGUGAUCAUAUGUGUAUGCUUUGGUGAAGGGAUUGUAGACUAACUCGGAGCAAGCAUCAUCCUUAACACACCUCAUAUAUUGUGUGACUUAAGGAUUGGCUCAUAGAGUAUGGUGGAUUUAAACAAGCCUACUUCACGACACAAGGGAUACAACACCUCAGUGGCAACAAGGAUCUAGGCA